CGAGUGCGAUCGGCUUGGUCAACGAGGGGCACACGGCUCGGGGACAAGGCUGUGUGUCUUGGGGGGGCACACAGGGCUUCCGCCUGUGUGUUCCCUGGUGUCUUGUAGUGAGCGUGGCCCUGGAGUUUCACCGUCGGGAGUCCCAGUGCUUUUACUUAUUUAUUUUUAAAACUCCCUUGAACCGUGGGCACCGAGAAGUCAGAGCUAGCCGCUUUCAGGUUCCAGAGUGCAGGGAAAGUGCAGGCCCAGCCCUGGAGGAACCCGGCACAGCCCAUCCUCAGCAGCAUAAUCCUCUUAUGCAAGGGGCAGUGCUGAAACCUCCAUUUUCUCUCAGAUCCUCGCUCUCCACCCACAGAGUGGGGGAAACAACUUUAAGACGCUCUUUGGUCCUGCCCCUCUUUAAACCCAGAGAACCUUCUGCUCCAGCCAAGGUGGUGAGGGCAGCUGCUCCUAAACAGCGCAAGGGCAGCAAGGUUGGUGACUUUGGAGAUGCAAUCAAUUGGCCUACACCUGGAGAGAUAGCCCACAAGAGUGUUCAGCCACAGUCCCACAAGCCUCAGCCUGCCCGUAAGCUGCCACCCAAGAAGGACAUGAAGGAGCAGGAGAAAGGAGAUGGAGGGGACAGUAAGGAGAGCCCGAAAACAAAGUCAGAUGAGUCAGGGGAGGAGAAGAAUGGGGAUGAAGACUGCCAGCGAGGCGGGCAGAAGAAGAAAGGGAACAAACACAAGUGGGUUCCGUUGCAAAUAGACAUGAAGCCUGAAGUCCCAAGAGAGAAAUUGGCCUCGCGUCCCACUCGCCCGCAGGAGCCAAGACAUACACCUGCUACCCGAGGGGAGAUCAAAGGAUCUGAACCUGUCACCUACAUGCCUGUAUCUGUGGCCCCACCUACCCCAGCCUGGCAACCAGAGACCAAACCAGAGCCUGCCUGGCAUGAUCAGGAUGAGACAUCGAGUGUGAAGAGUGAUGGGGCCGGUGGGGCUCGGGCUUCCUUCCGUGGCCGUGGACGGGGGCGUGGUCGUGGACGGGGCCGUGGACGGGGUGGCACUCGAACCCACUUUGACUACCAGUUUGGCUACCGAAAAUUUGAUGGUACAGAGGGACCCCGUACCCCCAAGUACAUGAACAAUAUCACCUACUACUUUGACAAUCUCAGCAGCACUGAGAUUUACAAUGUGGACCAGGAGCUGCUCAAGGACUAUAUCAAGCGCCAGAUUGAAUACUACUUCAGCGUGGACAAUUUAGAGCGAGACUUCUUCCUGAGACGGAAAAUGGAUGCUGAUGGGUUCCUUCCCAUCACCCUUAUUGCUUCCUUUCACCGUGUACAGGCCCUAACCACUGACAUCUCACUCAUCUUUGCGGCUCUAAAGGACAGCACAGUGGUGGAGAUCGUUGAGGAGAAGGUCCGCAGGAGGGAACAACCUGAGAAGUGGCCACUUCCUGGUCCCCCUAUAGUGGAUUAUUCACAAACAGAUUUCUCUCAGCUCCUCAACUGCCCGGAGUUUGUUCCCCGCCAGCACUACCAGAAGGAGACUGAAUCAGCACCUGGCUCUCCCCGUGCUGUUACCCCGGUGCCAACCAAGACAGAGGAGGUCAGCAACCUGAAGACUCUUCCCAAGGGCCUGUCUGCCAGCCUCCCAGACCUGGAUUCUGAGAGCUGGAUUGAAGUGAAGAAAAGGCCUAGACCCUCCCCAGCACGCCCUAAGGUCAUUCCCCUUUGGUGUCUGUCCCUAUUUCAGAAGUCAGAGGAGCCCAGGUUCUCCCACCCAACUGCUCUGCCUCAGCAGCUUCCCUCCCAGCAGCUGAUGUCUAAGGAUCAGGAUGAGCAAGAAGAACUAGACUUCCUGUUUGACGAGGAGAUGGAGCAGAUGGAUGGGCGGAAAAACACCUUCACUGCCUGGUCCGAUGAGGACUCUGAUUAUGAGAUUGAUGAUCGGGAUGUCAACAAGAUCCUCAUUGUCACUCAAACACCACCUUAUAUGCGUCGGCACCCUGGGGGGGACCGCACAGGCAACCACACUUCUCGUGCCAAGAUGAGUGCUGAGCUGGCCAAGGUCAUUAAUGACGGGCUCUUCUACUAUGAGCAAGACCUAUGGACUGAGAAGUUUGAGCCUGAGUAUUCACAGAUCAAGCAAGAAGUCGAGAACUUCAAGAAAGUGAAUAUGAUUAGUCGGGAGCAAUUUGACACACUGACCCCUGAGCCCCCUGUGGAUCCUAACCAGGAGGUUCCUCCUGGACCACCUCGGUUCCAACAAGUUCCUACUGAUGCCCUGGCCAACAAGCUGUUUGGUGCCCCUGAGCCCUCCACCAUUGCCCGUUCUCUACCAACCACUGUCCCAGAGUCGCCAAACUACCGAAACGCCAGGACUCCCCGCACUCCCCGGACCCCUCAGCUCAAAGACUCUAGUCAGACAUCACGGUUUUAUCCAGUGGUGAAAGAAGGGCGGACCCUAGAUGCCAAGAUGCCACGAAAAAGGAAGACAAGACACAGCUCGAACCCCCCCUUGGAGAGUCAUGUGGGUUGGGUGAUGGAUUCCCGGGAGCACAGGCCCAGGACUGCUUCUAUUAGCUCCAGUCCUUCCGAAGGAACACCUGCAGUUGGCAGCUAUGGCUGUACCCCGCAGUCUCUGCCCAAGUUCCAGCAUCCUUCCCAUGAGUUGCUCAAGGAAAAUGGCUUCACACAACAUGUCUACCACAAGUAUCGGAGGCGCUGCCUUAAUGAGCGGAAGCGCUUGGGCAUCGGCCAGUCUCAGGAGAUGAACACCCUUUUCCGCUUUUGGUCCUUUUUCCUCCGAGAUCACUUCAAUAAAAAGAUGUAUGAGGAGUUCAAGCAGCUGGCACUGGAGGACGCCAAAGAAGGCUACAGAUACGGUUUGGAGUGCCUUUUUCGAUAUUACAGUUAUGGUCUGGAGAAGAAGUUCCGACUGGAUAUAUUCAAGGAUUUCCAGGAGGAGACUGUGAAGGACUAUGAGGCUGGCCAGCUGUAUGGAUUAGAGAAGUUCUGGGCCUUCUUGAAAUAUUCCAAAGCCAAAAAUUUGGACAUUGACCCCAAACUGCAAGAAUACCUCGGCAAAUUCCGACGUCUAGAAGACUUCCGAGUGGACCCCCCCAUGGGCGAGGAAGGCAUCCACAAGCGACACCCAGUGGUGGCAGGAGGCAGCGGUGAGGGCAGGAAGCGGUGCCCUUCCCAGUCUUCCAGCAGACCUGCCACUGGGAUCUGCCAACCCCCUACGACACCUACUGGCCAGGCCACUCGGGAAGAUGCCAAAUGGACAAGCCAGCACUCGGACACACUGACUUUGGGAAAGUGAUACGCCCAGAAGCCCCCUGGGGUUUGGGAUAGAAGGGGUGGGGUGGGCGAGGAUCCAUGGGGGUGCCCAGUCCCAGGAGAAUGGACAGAGAAGGGACAGGCCUGAAGUUAACUAGGAUGGGCCUUUGCACUAAGUAGCGGUGUACACCAUUUGGGCUAUUAGUGGUGCCCCUGGGCAGGAGCCUCCAAGUACCCCUUCCCCUCCUGUCUCCAUGACUUCCAUCUUAACUUUUAAGGGGGGAGGGGAAGGGGGGAGAUUUUUAUAUAUAUAUAUAUAUAUAUAUAUAUACAUAUACAUAUAUAUAUAUCAAGUUUUAAAUUAUUGAUAGUUUGUCUGGAUUACCAAAAUCACUCUUCAGCCCUUCUUGCGGCUGUUAGGCCGACCCGUCUCCCCGCCUCUUCCGCUCCCCUCCAGCCAACUAUGCAGCCCACCAGAAGGCUCUGGCGGUGCCCGUGGGCCCCAGAAGCACCAGCCCCUCGAUCAGCUGGGGUUUGCCAUCACCGUGUCCCUGCUGUUCCACAUACCCUUCUGCCACCUCUGGGGGAAGGAAACCAAAGGAUCUCAGAAUGGGGGUUGGGGAGUUUCAGCCUCUCCUACCCUCCCCCUCUCCCCAGCCCAGAGACGCUGCUCACACCAGAAGAGACUAUUGAAAGAUGAUUCAUUUUAUUUUUUUUCUCUGACCUUUCCAUCCUUGGGAAAACAGAAAACAAAAACAAAAAACAACCACAACAACAACAAAAAAAAAAAGGAAAAAAAGAAAGAAAAAAAAAAAAGACAAAAUCGACCACUAAAAAAAUGACAAAAAAAAAAAUCAGAACCCACCUAAUUCCUAGAAAGUGACGUCUUUUCCCCCUCCUUGGAAUUUUUCUUCUGUUCUGUUUUUGAAAAUAAUAUUUUUUUAAAAGUUGCCUUAUUGUGGAGCGGGAACCUGAACUCAUGCCCAAAUGCCUGUUUUCCUCCUCGAGCCUCCGAAGAGCUCCGCCUGCCUGGGAUGCCCCUGGGCUUGGACUAACUAGAACUUUCCUCGGGACUGAGUUGCAUGUACAGGGCCUCCCACCUGGAGGCCAGAGAGUUGGGGGCUGCUCGCUCAGAGCUGUGCCAGGACACCCUGCCGCCGUUUGACUGCCGUCUCCAGCUGACGUCAUCGUCAUCGUCCUGUGUCUGCACACCGCUGCCACUGUCCUUGUUCUGCUUGCUCCGUCUCACCAAGCCGCCCUGCCCUGCCCUCGGAACCCCAAGGCCAAGUUUGCUUCAGACUGUUGUAAACAGAGUUGUUCUUGUCUGGCACACACUUGUCCUCAGACCGAUUGUCUCCCUAACCCCAGAGCAAGGAGGUGAACACCCACUGAUGGCCACAGCUUAGAUCUGUGUCUGACCUUAAAGACCUUUGACCUCAAGGAGGUUUGUCUCACAAUGUGGAGAAAGGUGCCAUUCUUCAAGGGUCUGGUGUGGUCUUCCCAUCUUAAUACUCCCACCCCCUGCAAGCCAUCUCUACCCACCCUUUCACUGACCCUGCCUGGGAUCAAGGGGUGAGAGGAACCCAGGGCUGGGGGAUCCUGCCGUUUGGUGAAGCCCUGUGGCAGGAAGGUAUAUGUGGACAUAGAGUAUACCUGACUUCUCUUCCUAAGCCACCAUGUGCUUGAGCUGCCCUGCACAUGCUAGAGGACUGGCUGGAGGCUGCUGUCACCUCGAGUUGGGGAGGGUGGGGAAGGACUGAGCAUACAGGCUGGGGAGACUGAAUGCUCACCUCCACACUGGAACCCGGGCAGCGCAAGGGGGUUGUGAUCUUCUUGCUCAGUUACUGAAAUUUGUGUGGCCCUUCUCAUCACUGAGUUCCUCUAUUGUCCCAAAAGCCGGGACUAGGACACAGCAUCCCAGGCUGGCUUGCCCUCUGUCUUUGGGUACCUUGUUGCUUUUAAUUUGUGCCCUGCCCCAGUCCCGGUGCUUAGUGUGUGCGAAUCCCAUGUCAGCUCCUGUGACUCAGUUGUCUCCAAUGAUACAGGAAUAGGAUCUGCUGAUGGGAUCUGAGACCUUCCCGAAGUCCGGUACCUGCCCUAUGGUGUACCUUCACCAAUAGUGGGCUCCCUUCCCUUCCCUUCUCUUCCCUUCCCUUCCCCAUCAGCCCUGUACUGUGUCCAGCACCACAGAACCUCAGGGCUUUGAGGCCCCGGGGGAGGGAAGGUUGUUCCCAUCUAGACUAGUAAGGCUAGGUUCGCCAUUCUCUCCCUGAUCCUCUCAGGUCCCCUGAGGGAGGAAGCCCUUUUGGGACAGUAAGGCAAGGCUAUCAUCUCAAUACAGGCUGAGGAGGGGUGGGAAUGUGUGUGUGUGUGUGUGUGUGUGUGUGUGUGUGUGUGUGUGUGUGUGUGUGUGUGUGUAUUGUGACAUGUUAGGAGUUGACGUUGCAGAGUAGUUUACAUCUUCACCUUCUGAAGACACUUGAAUUUAGGACCGAUGUAUCUGUGACAAGUAUGCCAGGAGUGGCAGGGGCCACCAGAGCAAGCCACUUCCCCAUCACCAUCUUCCCACGGGAUCCAAGACCUGAGACAGAGACAGCCUGCCAACUGAACCGCCUUCAUCCUCUGCCUGCACAGGGUUGGUCAUUGGCCUGGGCCCAGCGAGGGGCAGACUGUUUUGCCCUCUGAGCCUCAAGGCAAAUGCGCUAUUCACAGAGAAGGCUGCCUGGCCCUGCUCCAGCCUGGACCCCAGGUUCAGACAGAGGUGCUGAGCCCAUGUCAUGUUGUUAAAUGUUUGUGUUCUGUUGCUCUUUCCCACUCCUUUUUGAUGACAUUUAGAAAAGAAAGCAAGCUGCUUGGAAGGUCUGGAAGCAAGGGAAAGGGCUUGAAGACAAGGCUAAUGGUGGAGUGUACCAGAGGCCUGGGGUGCCUGGUCCCCUGGAUGGGAGCCCCAGGCUACCUCUCUUGUUAAAGGGCCCCUGGAUUCUCCCCAGCCCUUCUCUCUCCUCCAGCUAUGGUGAUGGCAGAGGCAGAAGAGAACACUCAGCCCAGUUCUCACAGGAAAGGAAAACUCGUCAUGGGCUUUUCAGAGAAGGUUCCACCUUACGCUCGUACAUUGUCUUUACCAUGUGCUAGGAUGUCACAUUCAACAGGACAACAAAAUGUAAAAUACUUGAAUGAGCUUGUAUCAUAACAUUAAUAUUAUUGAGAGUGUCUGCUUCCCAGGCUGAAGUGAUUCAUUCAUUAUUCUGGUCCUGCUCUAGUCCUUUGUAAUUGGUGGUAAUUAUUAUGCUUUUCUUUUUAAUACAAAAAAAAAUGUAUAAAAAUAAAAACUUGAAAAGGCAAAA